AUGGGAAAGAUAAUAUUCUAUGAGGACAGAAACUUCCAUGGUCGUAACUAUGAGACUAGCGGUGAUUGUCCUGAAGUGACCUCAUACCUGAGCCGCUGCUGCUCAUGUAGGGUGGAAAGUGGCUGCUUCAUGGUCUAUGAGCGCACCAACUUCAUGGGUCACCAAAUGCUGGUAAGAAGAGGAGACUAUCCGGAUAACCAACGGAUCAUGGGAGCAAGCAUCAGUGACUGCAUCAGAUCUUGCAGAAUGAUCCCUAUGCAUAAAGGAGCGUUCAGAAUGAGAAUCUUCGAAGGAGAGAACUUUGUCGGACAAAAGUAUGAGCUGAUGGAUGACUGCGAGUCAAUCCAGGAACGUUUUCACAUGGCUGAUUGCCAGUCCUGCAAUGUCACACAUGGCCACUGGCUAUUGUAUGAACAACCCAAUUUCGAAGGCAGAAUGAUAUACAUCAGGCCAGGGGAGUACAGCAGCUUUAAUAAUAUUGGUCUAGGCCCAGUGAAAAUUCAUUCCAUCAGACGCAUCAUGGAAUCCUGUUAGAAGAAAUUACACUUGCUAAGAAAGACAACACAUGAUUCCAUAUAGUUUCCCAUAGGGUGACCACCCGUCCCGCGUAGCGCGUGCGCGCACAGAGUUUGAAGCCCAAUUCAUGCGUCCCACAAAUUGAGACUGUGUCACGCAUAAUCAAUGCUUGCUCAAAAAAUGUUGGUCGCUCAUCUAUAUCUGGAGUCACCAACCCGUCGAUCGCGGUCGACAAGAGCAGUAAUUUAUUCUUAAAGUGAAUAAAUUGUAAUGAAAAAUAAAUAAAAUUAAAUAGCUGAAGUAAAUCGUAAGUGGAAGUGCAUUUGUCGAUUCUGUCUUAAGCAUACAGUACAUCAGCAAUUACACGUUUAGGGGAAUAGGGCAUUAUUAAUAUACCAUGUAAGGUGGUAUGUGCCAGAAAUGGGUAAACCACUAUCAGUGAGUCUGCCCAUGGGGUGGGGGCACCGCCGCGCAAGGCAGUGUCCCACAUUGUCCCUCAGAAACAUACCCCUUGUCCCCCCUUGGGC